GUCCCCGCCCCCUCCCGCCGCCGUGUCCCGCCGCCCCCUCCCGGCGCGGCCCCUCCUCGCCCGCCCCCCUCCGGGCUGGACCGCGGAUGGUACGUUCCGCACGUGAGCUGGGUGCUGGUCUGGCCGGCGACGCGCGUGCCCUGUGGCCAAACACUGCCCGGAGUGAGAGCAAAGUAGCCGCGCAGCGGGGCCGGGCGAGGGUGCGUGCGCGCGUGUGUGCGCGCGUGUGUGCGAGCGGGCGGGCGGGCGGCGCGGGGGGGCCCGCUGCUUCACACUUUCCACACCGCACUGAAGAGGGAGAGCGAGCGAGCGAGAGAGCGCCUGGAGACGCGCGGAUCCCCCCGAACCGAAGCCGAGGCCACGGACCGCUCGAACAUGGACGAAGGAAUUCCGCAUUUGCAAGAGAGACAGUUACUGGAACAUAGAGAUUUUAUAGGACUGGACUAUUCCUCUUUGUAUAUGUGCAAGCCCAAAAGGGGCAUGAAACGAGACGACACCAAGGAUACCUACAAAUUACCGCACAGAUUGAUAGAAAAGAAAAGAAGAGACCGAAUUAAUGAGUGCAUCGCUCAGCUGAAAGAUUUACUGCCUGAACAUCUGAAAUUGACAACCCUGGGGCAUCUGGAGAAAGCCGUAGUCUUGGAAUUAACUUUGAAACACUUGAAAGCUUUAACAGCCUUAACCGAACAGCAGCAUCAGAAAAUCCUCGCUUUGCAGAAUGGGGAGCGGUCUCUGAAGUCGCCCAUUCAGUCCGACCUGGACGCGUUCCACUCGGGAUUUCAAACCUGCGCCAAAGAAGUCUUGCAAUACCUCUCCCGCUUCGAGAGCUGGACCCCCAGGGAGCCGCGCUGCGUCCAGCUCAUCAACCACUUGCACGCCGUGGCCACCCAGUUCCUGCCCACCCCGCCGGCGUUGACUCAACAGGUCCCCCUGGGCAAAGGCGCCGGCGCGGCCGCGGCAGCCGGCCCCGCGGGCCACAAGCUGGAGCCGCCGGCGCACUGCGUGCCGGUCAUCCAGCGGACUCAGCCCAGCGCCGAGCUCGCCGCCGAGAACGACACGGACACCGACAGCGGCUACGGCGGCGAGGCCGAGGCCCGGCCGGACCGUGAGGCGGGCGCCGGCCGCGUCACCAUCAAGCAGGAGCCGCCGGGGGAGGACUCGCCGGCGCCCAAGAGGCUGAAGCUGGAUGCCCGCGGCGGCGGCGGCGGCGGCGGCGGCGCUGGCGUUGGCGGCGGCCCGGGGGGCGGCGCGGCGGCGGCGGCGGCCGCGCUCCUGGGCCCCGACCCGGCCGCGGCCGCGCUCCUCAGACCGGACGCCGCCCUGCUCAGCUCGCUCGUGGCGUUCGGCGGAGGCGGGGGAGCGCCCUUCGCGCAGCCGGCGGCCGCCGCGGCCCCCUUCUGCCUGCCCUUCUACUUCCUCUCGCCCUCGGCCGCCGCCGCCUACGUGCAGCCCUUCCUGGACAAGAGCGGCCUGGAGAAGUAUCUGUACCCGGCGGCGGCCGCCGCCGCGCCGUUCCCGCUGCUGUACCCCGGCAUCCCCGCCCCGGCCGCCGCCGCCGCCGCCGCCGCGGCCGCCGCGGCCGCCGCCGCCUUCCCCUGCCUGUCCUCGGUGCUGUCGCCGCCUCCGGAGAAGGCCGCCGCCGCGGCCGCCGCGACCCUCCUGCCGCACGAGGUGGCGCCCCCUGGGCCGCUGCACCCGCACGGCCGCGCGCACCUGCCGGUGGCCGGGAACCCCGGCAGCGGCGCUCAGGAAGAGCCCUCGCCGCCCGGCAAGGACGGCCCCUGAGCGCCCGCCCGCGGAGUCCCGCCGGUGCGAGGUCGCGGCAGCCCUGACGCCGUGAGGGAGGAGGUGUGCAGAGGCGCACGCCGGGCUGACAGUCAAGCAGGUGUUUUGUGUACAUUGGGAGUCGCGCGUUUGCUCGCCCCUCGCCGCCCCCGCCCCGCACACACUAACGCCCCCCCCCCAGCGCCCCAGCUCCCUCCCCCGCGGCCGGGGAGAGCGCCUCUGCGGCAGAGCGCACCCUGCUUUUUCUCGGGAGAAGCCCCCUCCCCGCCCCAGGAAGCGUCGCCUCCUCUCCAGCCUCGUCCCGGGGUCUCGCGCCGCGCGCGCGCCAGCGAACCCCGCUGCGCGGGUGCGCUCCCGGGACCGGGGGAGGGGAGCGGCGCGGACCCCUCCCACGCCCCCGAUCGGCGCCGACCGGGUGGGGAGGGGGCACGGCAGGGUCUCGGCAGGCUGCGCGCGCCUCGGAGCUGCUCCGCCUGGCUGGGGGGGUGGGGUGGGCAGGUGGAUUUUUGGGGAAUUGGUGUUCGCUCCAGUAUUUGGUAACGCUCGGCUUUUUGGGAAGGCAUGCGUGUUCGCAGAGCCGAGGGGAGUCCGCGGCUCUGGUUGCCACCUCGUCCUCGGUGGUCUCAGUCACGCGCCCCUGUUCAGGGAGGGACGCGCCGUGUGGGGCGUCUUCCGGAGUCGGGAAGCGGUCAGGGUCGCCCCUUGGUCCCUUUGCUAGCACUUUAUUGAGAAAUUGACCGUGGCUCAAUUGACUUAUCCUAAUUUCUUCGGAGUCCAUCCAUCUAUCUACAUAGAUGUGGCUACAUCUAUGUACGUAGAUUUAUAUGUGUAUAGAUAAAUAUAUGCAUAUAGAUUAUCUCAAGUGCAUCUAGCGUCACUGCCAUGAUUUCAUCCAUCAGUUCCUAAAUUUUUGUAAUCUUUACUGUAAAAAAAAAAAAAGUGCACUGAAUCUAAAAACAAAACAGAAAACAAGUCCAGACUGGUUUGUCCUGGAUUCUGCUAAGUGGCGAAGGUGGAAGAGAGCUUUUAGCCCGCGGGCUUUGGUGGGGAUGCUGUGAAGAUGUGGAAUGAAGCCCUCCGUGGCCUUCCUAUCUCCAAGUCUGUAUUUUCUGGAGACCAAACCAGAUACCAGAUAAUCACAAAGAAAGCUUUUUUAAUAAGGCUUAAACCAAGACCUUGUCUAGAUAUUUUUAGUUUGUUGCCAAGGUAGCACUGUGAGAAAUCUCACUUGAAUGUUAUGUAAGGGGUGAGACACAACAGUCUGACUGUGAGUGAAGAAGAUAUCUGGGUCUUUUAGUCAGUUUGGUGCAUUUGCUGCUGCUGUUGCUAAUGUUUGCCUCAAACGCUGUGUUUAAGCAACGUUAAACUCUUAGCCUACAAGGUGGCUCUUAUGUACAUAGUUGUUAAUACAUCCAAUUAAUGAUGUCUGACAUGCUAUUUUUGUAGGGAGAAAAUAUGUGCUAAUGAUAUUUUGAGUUAAAAUAUCUUUUGGGGAGGAUUUGCUGAAAAGUUGCACUUUUGUUACAAUGCUUAUGCUUGGUACAAGCUUACGCUGUCUUAAAUUAUUAAAAAAAAAUAAAUACUGUCUGCAAGAAACCAGCUGGUUUAGAAAAGUUUAGUAUGUGAAGAUAAACUAGAAAUUAUCUUUAUAUUCUAGUAUUUUCAGCACUCCAUAAGUUCUAUUACCUAAAUAUUGCCACACUAUUUUGUGAUUUAAAAAAUUCUUACUAAGGAAUAAAAACUUUAAUAUACGAUACGAGAUUGUCUAAUAAUUGAAAAGACAGAAUGGAUGCCCAGUUUUUCAGGUAUCUGUGGUAAUCGGGAUGAAAAGCAUCGAGGUUCUCAGAUAUUCGACCUUUUACCAUCACUGGCCUGAUGUCUACGUUUCCACUCUUGCAAACUUCCAGGCUCUGGCUGUGUCUACCUGCUUAUUUCCAAUGUAUCUCAAUGAAAAGUGCAAAAGAAAAUCCUGCCAAUCCCUUGUGUGGUUUGUUUACGCUGGACCCACUUUGCUGAUGUUCUCACGAUUGAUGGAUUUCUCGCUUUUUGUCUGUGACAUGGGUCUGUCUGCUGCGGUCUGCUGGUUCUCCUUCCUUGCUGUAGGAAAGCACUCCCACAGGGGCACUUACUAUCUGGGAGUAUUUUGGCUUCUGAACUAGUGUAAAAUAACUGUCAUGAGACUUUGCCAUGGAAUUCCAAGAUCAGAAAUAGUUCCUAGACUCUGCUCGGAUUUCGAAUCAGAUCUGUGGUUUGAUACAACCCGGGUGAUGGUUGAUCAAUGUUUAGUUUCAGGGCUGUUCUUUAUAAAUCUCUUAAUUUUCUGAAAGGUGCUUGAAUGGAGUCAAAAUCUGAGAUGUAGAAAAAGUGCUCCCUCUACUGACUUCUGGCAGUGGAGCUGCAAGUCACAGAAGGUGAAGCCGAGAGCAACCUCAGACCAGCAACUCCAAUGCCCUGAGUUUUAGAAACGAAGGGACACGAAGCCCAGGAUAGGAGGACCUUCCCAAGGCCGCAGUGGCUGCCCAGAGCCAACCUGGUGGUCUUCUAGGUCCCUCAGCCACUGAACUACUUCCUGCAGCAGCAACUUGGACCAAGUUGGCUGAAAUUGGGCUUCAUGAAUAAACCCACCCACAGGAGCAAAGAAAACAAACAAUUAACAUUAAGAAACUGGACCUUUUGAGCAUUCUCGAUUGAACUGAAAGAAAGUAGUCUGUCCAUCUAAACCAGAAAUUGGGAGAAAGGCAUUUUAAAUAUUUCUGAAGGACAUUUUAAAACCAUUAUUAUAAUUAUGUUAGUUUCAUAGCAAAAAAAAUCCAAAGAAAUCAGAGGAUAACAAAAUGUUUUUGCUUAUGUAUAAUUUUGCUAUAAUAAAAUUUAUAAAGUUAGGGUUGGGCCAGGUUUUAUAUAGCUCAGUUAUUUAAUUCAAAAGCCCAUAUAGUAACAUGAUUACAGGGUAAGGAUAAGACAGAAAGGCACAAUAAUUUUAUCUGUUGCAUCUGAAAAAUGUUAUUUUGGUCAUUGAUGUAUUUUAAGCAUUAAAAGAUAGUAGUAGUUAUUCGUUAA